AUGAGUGCAUCUAAUGUACAGGAAAGUGAAGUGCGAAUCGCACACUCUCUGAAUAUGAAGGAGGCGGCGUGUGUGAAAAAAAGGAGAAGUGAAAUCUGGUCAAGCCUGAAAACACUUGGUAUAAACUGUAGUCAGGAUAAAGUUCCAAACAUUGCAUUACUGGGUUCUGGAGGAGGACAAAGAGCCAUGGUGGGUUUGCUGGGAUCCCUGGAUCAGCUUGAUAAAACAGGUCUUCUGAGCUGUCUUCUUUAUCUGAGCGGAGUUUCUGGAUCCACCUGGUGCAUGGCCUCCUUAUAUCAGGAACCAGACUGGUCCACUAAACUACAGGCUGUGAAAGAGAAAAUCGUCAGGAGAAUCAGCGGUCCACCAGUCAGCUGGUCAGAUGCGUAUGCCAAACUGAAGAAAUAUUACAGAGAGAAAGAGUACUUCAGCUUGACUGAUGUGUGGGCAACGAUGGUCGUCACAACAUAUGUGAAAGAGAUCGACGAGCGCACAUUCACAGAUUGGCUGGGACAGUCCAAGAACAACCCGUUUCCCAUCUACACUUUGAUUGACAAGGAAUGUAAACAGUCCGGAGAUGGAGAUCCCUGGUUCGAGAUUAGUCCAUGUGAAGCAGGCUAUUCUCUCACUGGAGCGUUUGUGAAAACUCCCAGCUUCGGCAGUCAGUUUGUAAAUGGCCGUAAGACAACAUCUCAGCCUGAAAUGGACAUGCUGCUCCUGCAAGCUCUGUGUGGCAGUGCUCUGGCUGAUGGAGAAGAAAAUAAGAAAUUCCUCUGGAGCAAAAUCAAAGGUCUGUUUAGACAUGCAAGUGAUCAAAUGAUUGAGCAGAUGGAGCAAGAUCCAAUCCUCCAACAGGUAGACACGUGUUCAGACGUGCUGGAGGAACUUGCGGCCAUAAAUAUCUGUCUUUUGGAUGGAGAAGAUCCUACGACUCUUGAUCAUUCUAUCAGAAAAAGUCUGAAAGAUCUCGCUGGACACGAUCCUCAAUUAAUUUCUCCUGAUAAAAGCAGUGAAGAUGAAUACACGUUGGAAGUGUGCGGACUCUUGGAGGAAUUGCAAGUGAAAUUGAACAUAAGCUGGCCUGUAGAUUUGAAGAUGUGGAUAAGGAUUUUUGUAUGCAUGGCUAAGUGGACCUGGGGCAGGAAUUAUGACUUUCUCUACAACAUGAGAGAUCCUGCAGUUCCCGCUGCUCUUCUGAAAAGUAAAACCAGAGACUAUGAAGAUGCUGGACUGUUGCUGAACUCACCCUAUUUCUCUGUGCUGAGAACAGAAAGAAAGAUUGACAUCAUCAUUUCUCUGGAUUUCAGUGAAGGCGAUCCUUUCCAGACAGUGAAAGAAGCUGCCGAGGCAUGCAGGAAACUAAAGAUCCCUUUCCCUCCAAUCAACUUACUUGCUGAGGACAUCAAGAACCCGAAGGAUUUCUAUGUGUUCAAAAACACAUCAACAGACAAAAAGGCCCCAACCGUGAUCCAUAUUCCUCUCUUUAAUGUGAUCAACUGUGGAGAUAAACUUGGGCAAUAUAGGAAGAACUAUACUACUUUUCAAGGAGCUUACAGCGCUGAGAAGAUCAUAGAUCUAAUGAACGUGGCUGGAAAAAACAUCUCAAACAACAAACAGGAGCUGAUUAAUGUGAUCAAUGAAGUCAUUAGGAAAAAAUGAUGAUCUGAACAUCAGUGGUGUUUUCUGAUCUGAACAUCAGGAGACAAAGUCCACAUGUAAUCAAAGAGAAUCGCUGAUUUUUUUUCAUGCUUGAUCUUUUUUAGAGACACAGAUAAUCUAUGAAAAUCCAAUCAACCAGAAACAGUAAAAGUGUUUCCAUCUCAGUUUAUGUGCAUCUUG